UUUUAGAAUUCCUUCUUUCUUUUCCUUGCAAGAGAGUAGCUGGACAGAUGUCCAUCUCCGUUCAGAUGCCCAACCUCAUACCAUCUAUGACCUCAGACUUCCAGCAUUACAGUUUCAGGAUGCCAAAUAUUGGAUUCCAGAACCUGCCUCUCAACAUAUACAUUGUGGUCUUCGGGACGGCAAUCUUCGUCUUCAUCCUCAGUUUGCUUUUCUGCUGCUACCUGAUCAGGCUUCGACAUCAAGCCCACAAAGAGCUCUAUGCUUACAAACAGGUUAUUCUAAAGGAAAAAGUAAAAGAACUGAACUUGCACGAGAUCUGUGCAGUUUGUUUGGAGGAAUUUAAGCCCAAAGAUGAGUUGGGGAUCUGUCCGUGCAAACAUGCCUUCCACAGAAAGUGCCUCAUCAAGUGGCUGGAGGUCCGCAAGGUGUGCCCGCUUUGCAACAUGCCCGUCCUUCAGUUGGCCCAGCUUCACAGCAAGCAGGACCAUCCCGGUCCCCCGCAGGAGCCCCUGCCCGGGGCGGCCAACCUCGUAUAGCUUCCCCCGCACAACGCACCUUUCCGGCAUGCCUGAUUGCCCGUCGGACUCACGCAGAGACUUCUCCGCCGUCAAACGUGUUUCUUGCAGCCUCAGAGGAUCUGCCAGGAUUCCCUUUGUCUCAUGAAGAACUCCCAGGAUGCCCUUGGAGGGGAGAAAGGCCAGAUGCUGGGACUGUGGACGCACCCGCAGCGCGACGCCCACCAGCACAAUGAGAAGGCCCAGUGGGAAGUCUCUGGGUUCACAUUUUUCUUAAAAGAGCACUUUACAAACAGGCGCACCCGUCCAGGCACCUGUGACUUGUGCCGGAUCGGGUGGCGCACAAACCCAAAGCUGUUUAAGGGAGACAGAAGUCGAGAUGAGCAGAUUCCCCCGCACAAGUGGGGGAUGUUUGUCUUGGCCUCUUGGAACAAAAAUGAGAUUCCUCACGCUCCUCGCUGUGCCCCGUGAUACCACUGCCCCCUCUGGUGGUUACCUCAUACCGAAUUGCCUGUGGCUUCUGGAAUGGUCAGCAGCAAGGCGGAAUCUAGAUGUUGUUGGAUCCAGGAUGCUAUUUGGCGCUCUUCCUCGAGGUGAGGUGCAACAGCGAAACUCCCUUUCAGUCUUGGAGGACAAGCCAGUGCUUUUUAGGGACAGUGGUUCAGAGUAUCUACAAACGAAGCACAGAAAACAUUUCGUUCGCAAGGCCAAUGGUUCGCCGGUGGCCUGAUUGGAACCGUAAGGCACUUGACACGCACACCCCAGUCUCUGACUAAAAAUAAACGAUCCCUUAAGUGCCCCCUAGAGAGAGAAACAAAUUUCCUAGGAUUUUCAUCUACCAUCUCUUCACCCGCGAGACCCAAGGGGGCCCCCUCAGCAUCCCAGCAAGAGGGGCCGCAGAUACUUGGGCUCAGUACCGAAAUAUGGGCGCAUCAGUCUUCCCACAAUGUGAAUCCAUUUCGAACUGUUCGCAAGCACAAAGUGUGCUUUCGCAUCUAAGGUGGCUCUUUUCUUCAAUCGGGUGUCUCAUGGACUAACUUGAACCUGAAUGUUCAUCUGCAGUACCAUUGCCUCUUUACUCGCUUUUAGCGGUGACUGGAGGUUUGAGCAAACAGCCUACAGAGACCACUCCUAGGAGACUGAAAUCUCAACUGGUAGAAAUGUCCUUUCUCCUCUUCCCCC